CAGCUGCCCAAACAGCACAAUGGGAAUUGUUUGGGAAAAGCAUCCCCUGGCUCAUGUCCCUGGCAGAACUGGUUGUACCCUCACCACUCAAGACAUUGCCUCCUAAAAUGCUGGUCCAAACUUUAGUGCAGCCCUGGGAGAGAAAGAGCCCCUUGCCUGGCAGACAUGGUUCUGCUGGUGGCAGCAGCCCUGCUGGUUCUGGGCCUGGCUGUGAAGUCAGAAGCUCUCUGCUCACCCACAACCUUCUACAAGGACUGCUGGAUCCGACGCUUCCCAGGCCUCCGGAUCGACCUGCAGGAGUCGCAGCGGAGGGGAGCCCGAGUGCUGAAGGUUUAUGCAGAAGUCUCACCCCAGCAGUGCAGCAGAAGCUGCUGCCUCUUGAGCAAUGCUUCCUGCAAUCUGGCAGUGUUCUACCAUGGAGCUGUUCAUGAGCACCUGAACUGCCUGCACCUGUCCUGCCCAGCACUGGAGAGCUGCAUCGUGAAGGCUGGGAUCAACGUGGUUCUCUACAACAUCACCGCAGGGGCUGAUCCAGAUCUUCUGCUCUUUGGAAAACUGGCAUCCCCACAGGCCAGUCCUCACCUCUCCCCCAGUGAACAGGAAAGGCAGAACAGCACAAAGGCCACCAAGCAGGAGAGAUGCCAGCAUCGUAACACCACCUCCAGUUCUCUUCUGAUCCAAGCUCCAUCUUCUACCAGUAUCUACAGCUUGCCAGCCUCCAGCACCAGCCCGAGGGCCACAACCCCUGCAGUUCCUGCUCACUCCAGGGCAGAAACUCUUCCUACAGAUGAUCCUUUAGCUAGGAGAACAAGCACAGCUCCAGGAAGCAGCAGGUCAGUCCUCAGCUCAGACCAAACUGUGCACUCAACUUUGACACCCAGUUCUGCUAAGGUGUUGUCCCCCAUGCCCACUCCUCCUGGCCUCAACGGCAGCAAGCAACACUCCAACGAAACCAAAGGAUACAGCGGCAGGAAUUACACCUCGGAGAACCAGGCACCUCCCUGGGAGCCUGCAGCCCUGGGGGUCUGGCUGAUUCCUCUUGUGCUUUGCUCUUCUCUCAUCUUCCUGUGCUGCUGCACUGCUGCUUUCACAGCAGGGCACUGCAGAGGCAGGAAAGGGCACUACAAGCCCAUCCGGAGAAAAAGAACCACCUCAAGGCAGAUCAUAAAAUACAGCACUGCCAGGAGCAGCUGGUGAGCUACACUCACCAAGGGCAGCUGGUGACCAGUACAGGCUGGGGACUGACCUGCUGGAGACUGGUGAAGGGGAAAAGGAUCCUAGUGGACUGAGGGUUGACCUUGACCCAGCGAUGUGCUCUUGUGGCCAAGAAGGUCAAUGGUAUCCUGGAGUGGAUUAGAAGGGCUGUGGUCAGUAGGUUGAGAGAAGUUCUCCUCCCUCUCUACUCU